CACAAAUGAUGUAACUUUCAUUUCCUGAUAGUUUUCAUGAUGUUACGAACACUCUGUCGCACCGGUGGGGCGCUUCUUCAGCAAACGCAACGAACAGCGCCGAGGUUGUGGGUGACCCCAGUCCAGCAGCGAUGGGCGUCCAGUCUGCCCAUGAACACUGUGGUCCUGUUUGUACCCCAGCAGGAAGCAUGGGUGGUGGAGAGGAUGGGUCGCUUUCAUCGCAUCUUAGAACCGGGGUUAAAUUUCCUCAUACCCUUGCUUGACCGAAUCCGCUAUGUGCAAAGUCUCAAAGAGAUUGUCAUCGAUGUCCCUGAGCAGUCUGCAGUAUCUUUAGAUAAUGUAACUCUACAGAUUGAUGGAGUGCUGUAUUUACGGAUCUUGGACCCUUUCAAAGCCAGUUAUGGUGUGGAGGAUCCUGAAUAUGCUGUCACACAGCUGGCACAGACUACCAUGCGUUCUGAAUUGGGCAAACUCACACUAGACAAAGUGUUCAGGGAAAGAGAGUCCCUUAACGCCAACAUUGUGCAUUCCAUUAACCAAGCUUCAGAUGAGUGGGGGAUCCGGUGCUUGCGAUAUGAAAUUAAAGAUAUACACGUUCCACCUCGGGUGAAGGAAUCUAUGCAAAUGCAGGUGGAGGCUGAACGGAAGAAAAGGGCCACGGUGCUGGAGUCUGAAGGGACGAGGGAAGCAGCCAUUAAUGUCGCAGAGGGCCGUAAACAAGCUCAAAUUCUUGCCUCUGAGGGUGAAAAGGCAGAACAGAUCAAUAAAGCGGCUGGUGAAGCCCAAGCAGUCUUGGCCAAAGCUGAAGCCAAAUCCAAGGCAAUCCGGCUACUGUCUGAUGCUCUGACUGAGCAGAAUGGAAAUGCUGCUGCAUCACUAAGCGUGGCUGAGCAGUACGUGUCUGCAUUUUCCAACCUUGCCAAAGAAUCCAACACUGUUCUUCUGCCUUCUAAUACUGGGGACAUUAGCAGCAUGGUCACACAGGCCAUGACCAUUUAUAGUACAUUGGCAAAGACAAGUCCCAAGGUCCAACCAGAAGAGGUAGAAGAGAAAAGUGAAGAUGACAAUCAUCUCAGUAGCAGAGGACACAAUGAAUAAAGUGAAAACACAACAUGAAGCAGCACCAGAGGAGUAAAUCAGAAACUCUUUGUCUUGUUUCGAGCUUCUGGAGUGGGAUUUCUCUGACUCUUGUUUGCCAGUUGAUAACUAUCAGUUAAACAUCAACAAUUGUACUGAGUACAGUGAGUAAUGCAGGCCGAUUUAUAUUUUAUAACUGACCGUGUGGGUCAGAUUUUCUUACGUUCAUCAGUGUAAAAAGGUAAUUUAAUUAAAUGAGACAAGAUGUUUACCUUUUAUUUAACUUGUUUGUAGACAUAAAAUUACAGUACAGUAAAAGCGGAUAUUCUUCAACUGUAGCAGCUUUGUGUUGCCACAUUUCUCGAUGAGUUUGGGAGAAUUCAAAGUGUAGUAAAUGUUGCAUAAAAAAAAAAUACUGCCUAAAAAAGUGUGUAAGAGCUGAACACUUAUUCAGAAAUAUUUUCCUUCAUUUGUAGUUGGAACAUACAAUCUCUGCACCUCUCCCUCAAAUUUGUAUUCAGUGCUUAUUAUCAUGAGUUGUAUUUAUUACAUUUGAAAUAAAUCUGGACUUUAGUGGUCAAAUUCUGUUUCCUCUGAGCACACU